AUGCCUGACUUCCACCACGCCCUCGCCACUUACCACCAAAUGCUCGUCCGCGGCGUUCGCCCCGACAGACACACUCUCCCUCGCGUCUUGUCUGCCUCUCGCCUUUCGGCUGAUCUCUCCCUCGGCAAGCAACUCCAUGCCCACGCUCACAAGCUCGGCUGCUCGAGUGACCGGUACGUGGUUGCUGCUCUCAUUGAAUUGUACGGUCGUCUCGACAGCGCGGACUCCGCGAAAGGGCUGUUUGACAAGUCCCUGGUUAAGGACUCUGUUUCAUGGACAAUGCUGACCAGACUGUACAUUGCGGAAGGUAAACCCGGCAAGGCGGUUCAUGUGUUUGAGAGAAUGGUGGAGUCCGGAGCACAGAUAGAUUCUGUGGCUGUGGCGACGGCGGCUGGUGCCUGUGGCAUGUUGAGAUCGUUGAUUGACGGAAUAAAAGUCCACAGGGUUGCCAAGGAACGUGGAUUGGAGUAUGAUGUGUUGGUGAGCAAUACCCUCUUGAAAAUGUACAUGGACUCUGGCUGUGUCGACGAAGCUUGGGCAGUUUUCAAUCAAAUGCCGGAGAAAGAUGUCAUUUCUUGGACAGAAAUGAUUCAUGCCAAUGUGAAGAGGGGAGGCUUCAAUGACGGGUCUCAAGCUGUUUAG